GCUGCGGGAGCCGGGCCCGGGCGGCGGGCAGGCAGCAUGGGGGCCGGGGCGCUGGCCAUCUGCCAAAGUAAAUCGGCUGUGAGAUUGAAGGAGGACAUGAAGAAGAUAGCCUCACUUCCACUGAACAAGCAGAAGGACACAACCCGUCCAAAGGUGUUUGGUGUGAGUCUUCUGGAGCUCCAGCAGCAGGGACUAAGCAAGAACGGCAUCCCAAUAGUUGUGUGGAAUAUAGUUGAGUACCUGACCCAGCACGGUAUGACCCAAGAAGGUCUCUUCAGGGUAAACGGCAGCAUGAAAAUGGUGGAACAGUUGCGUCUGCAAUACGAGCGUGGAGAAGAGGUGGAGCUAGUUAAAGAUGGCGAUGUGUACUCAGCAGCCAGUCUUCUGAAAUUAUUUUUGAGAGAGUUGCCAGAUGGGAUUAUCAGCUCUGCCUUACAGCCCAAGUUCAUUCAGCUUUACCAGGAUGCUAGAAAUGACAUACAGAAGGAAAGUAACUUAAAAGAACUCCUUAAAGAACUGCCUGAAGCUCAUUACUGCCUGCUGAAGUAUCUGUGCCAGUUCCUGAUAAAGGUUGCUGAACAUCAUGUAGAGAACAGGAUGAACCUCUGCAAUCUUGCCACUGUGUUUGGACCAAAUUGCUUUCAUGUGCCCUCUGGAUUUGAAGGUAUAAAAGAACAAGAGAUCUGCAACAAGAUAAUGACUAAAAUGCUGGAAAGUUACAACACCUUGUUUGAAUCGGAAGGCUUGAAGAAGGAAGAAGAAAAGCCAGUAUGUGAAGAGCUAUCAAGAAUUAUUUUGGUAAAAAUGACAAAGUCCACAAGGGAAGGAUCCAGCCGAACAUGCCUAAUGCCACAACCAGACCUGUCAGAUGGAACACCUCAGGUCAGCCUCCGAUUAACAGACAGUAGUUCAUGUUUGAAGGAGAUGGAUUUAACAGAUGAAAUCUCCUUCGUUAACAGUGGUGCAUUUUUCUUCAGCUCCCAAGAAGAUGAGCGGCCUAUGUCACCCUUCUAUGUGAGCUCCCAUGUAUCACAAGUCAGUAGUAACAUGCCUGCUACAGGAGAGUAUUUAGAGAAGACAAUCCGCUCAGCCGUGGAGCAGCAUCUCUUUGAUGUUCAUUGCUCAGGCGGCCAGAGUUCAGAGGACUCUGAAUCGGGAACAUCAUCAGCCUCUUCUAAUGUGUCUGCCAGGCAGAGGAGGCGACAUCACAAAGAGCAGGAGGAAGCCCGGAGAAACAGAGACAUGGAAGUCAUCGACAAGGAGAACAUUCCCUCUGGCUUUAGCAAUCUUGAAGACUGUAUUCUAACUGCUCAAGAAGUAGAAAAAUUACAAGACAACUCUGGAUAUCUUAGUGAAAGGAAUAAACCGAAACGGCAGAAAUCCAGCACCAAACUUUCAGAGCUUAAUGACAACCAAGACAGUCCUGUGAGUAUGGAAAGCUUUAGCUCAUCCAGACCUAUAGACAGAACAGGACCUGAUGACAUGGAAAUUUUGUCUGAAGAAAGCAAAGAAAGUGAAAGCGGUGAGGUUAUUUUCAGGCACUCUCAGCAGACUUCAAAUAUGAAGAUUCAAGAGCAUCCAAGCAUUCCUGAAAACAAGUUGCAAAGAAAUCAAGAUGCUGAUGAUCAGGAAAACAGCUUUGUGUCGGAAGUGCCUCGGCUGGAUUUGACAGCACUGUGCGAUGACAACAACUGGGAAGAGCCCAUCCCUGCUCUUUCCUCAUGGCAGCGAGACAGCUUAGACUCAGAUGAGGCUCGCCUUUCCCCGCAGGCUGGUCGCUUAAUUCGCCAGCUUCUGGAUGAGGACAGUGAUCCUAUGCUGUCCCCUCGCUUCUAUGCCUAUGGACAGAGCCAGCAGUACCUGGAUGAUACAGAAGUGCCUCCUUCCCCUCCCAACUCUCAUUCGUUUAUGAGGAGGCGGAGUUCUUCUUUGGGAUCUUAUGAAGAUGACAGAGAGGACCUUACCCCCGCACAACUCACCCGGAGGAUUCAUGGACUGAAGAAAAAGAUCAGGAAGUUUGAGGAAAAAUUUGAAGAGGAAAGGAAAUACCGACCUUCCCACAGUGACAAAGCAGCCAACCCUGAAGUGCUCAAAUGGACAAACGAUUUGGCCAAAUUCCGAAAACAACUUAAAGAAUCAAAACUGAAGAUAUCAGAGGAAGACCUUGGCCCUGUGGUGCGUCAACGGAGCAACACUCUCCCCAAGAGCUUCGGUUCUCAGCUCGAAAAGGACGAUGACAAGAAGCAAGACCUGUCAGAUAAAUCUGCCAAGCCUGCCGUGGAAGUGACCCUUGAUUCUAUCCAGAAGAAGCUUCAGGAAAAACGAGCAGAGACAAACCGACCUGAGGAUAUAAAGGACAUGACAAGAGAUCAGAUAGGAGCUGAGAAAGUGGCUCUUCAAAAAGCUUUGCUGUAUUACGAAAGCAUUCAUGGCAGACCGGUUACCAAAAAUGAACGACAGGUGAUGAAGCCCUUAUAUGACAGAUAUCGCUUGGUCAAGCAGAUCCUCUCCAGAGCCAACACCAUCCCUAUCAUUGGUUCCCCCUCCAGCAAGCGGAGAAGCCCUUUGCUGCAGCCAAUUAUCGAGGGCGAAACAGCUUCCUUCUUCAAGGAGAUAAAGGAGGAAGAGGAGGGCUCCGAGGAGGACAGCAAUGUGAAGCCAGAUUUCACAAUUACUAUGAAAACAGAUUUCAAUGUGCGUAGCUUCUUGGAUCAACUAGAAGAUGAUGCUGAUGGCUUUGUUUCCCCGGUGGAUGAUAAGAUGCCAUCAAGGAGCAACCAGGAUAUGGGGCUUUCAAAUCUCCAUGAAGCAUCCAUCCCUGAACUAUUAGAGCAGCUGCAAGAAGUCAGGGAGGAGAAGAAGCGAAUCAGAAAAAAAUUAAGAGACUUUGAAGAUAAUUUUUUCCGACAAAAUGGAAGGAACGUGCAGAAAGAAGACCGCACUCCUAUGUCUGAAGAAUACAAUGAAUACAAGCAGAUUAAGGCCAAGCUGAGGCUGCUGGAGGUCCUGAUCAGUAAAAGAGAUAUUAGCUCAAAGAUCAUGUAAAGGAGGAGAUUGGUUUUGCCAGUAAACGUAGAAGAGAGAGCACCAAGUGGACAACUGCAUGAAGUGGAUGCACCAGGAGCCUGGCUGGGGAGGGCUGAGGAGCUCCCUGGGAACUGAAGGGCCAAUCCCAGAAGCAGGAGGGGGAGGAAGGGUGGCUUUCCAUCACUCUCUACAUUUGCUGUUGUCCACUCUUUCUCCAGGCCUGAUGCCCAAAUGGAGUUUGGCAGCGUAGGAGACAUGAUGCUGUCCUCAGUGACUGCACAGAAGGGAUUCUUGUGUUUUGAUUUGCUUACAGAUCCUGUAAUAUUUAGGAUAUCAAAGCCAACCAUGCUCUUCUUUAUUUUUUUUUCUCCUUUCCAGGAUAUCAUAGCAAGAGACAAAGUAGCAUGAAUAGUGAUUAAAUCAUCAAAUAGCUUCCACUUUAGUUUACCAGACAUGUGCCCUAACUUGAUCUCACGUAAAGGCACAGGUCAGAUAGCACCAAGAUUGUUCUCUUGUAGCUACAGUAAAGAUUUGCUCAGACUUUUGACCAGACUGUUUGGAAUCCAGCAUCUUCUGUUGCUCUCUCUGAAUGCUGGAAGAUUAUCCUGGUUAUAGCCCCAAACUAGUUUGAGUUACAGGGGUGACCAGGGCCCAGGGUUGAGUUGUUUUUUGUUUUUUUUUUCCCUGCUUUUUUUUUUUUUGACUGCCAAUUCAAUUAACUAGGAGAAAGUACCUACAUCUGUUUGGGAUAGCAAAGAAAAUACAGCAGGGUUCUUGCCUGCUUGUUCCACUUGGCAGGAGGUACUGUAAGGUUAUGACCAUGUGUGGGCAACUGGGAAGAAAGGAGGUUUUAUCAGCUACAAGUCAGAACCUCUUGGGAUUUUGGUAGCUGCUCAGUUAAAUGCCUGGUGUCAGGUAUCUGGAAGACCCGCCACAUGUGCUUCAUUAUCUGUUAAUGAAUACAGGAGUCUAAGGUGAAUGGUCAAUGUCGAUGUCAUAUGGACUUGCUAGCCUACAUUUUGUUCUUUGUUGUACACCAUCAGGCAGUGUGGGCUGGAGCAAGGACACUGUGAUUGUGGCAACAGCAGAGUGUAUUUUCUUCCCAGUGGCUUUGUUGUGUACAGGUAGUGCUGCAGCAAAGAAUACUGCAGGGAACUGAAAGCCCCAAGCCACACGUUGCCCAUGGAGAGGGCUUGUGUCUCAGGUGCAGGACUGGACAAUUCAACAUUUCCACCUUUAUGACUUUCAGAAAAGAAGGCCCUGGGACACCAGAUUCCACUUCUCUUGUCAGACAAUCACUGCCUGAAGGAGUGAAAGGCAGUGAGUUCAGGAACAAAAUGAGUAGCUGAGGGCCGAUAACUCUGCAGUAUAACAUCAGCCACCUGCGCUUGCUCUGGCACUCCAGAAACUUGUAUGCACAGGCUGAUACUGCGCAGCAACGCUUCCUGCUGGAACCAGGACACAGCUCUUGGGAAUAGGUCUCAACCCCGAAGUCACGGAGUAAUGCUGCUUUGUACGUCUGUCCCCUGGAAGCUCGCAUGCAGGAGCCAAGCAGCUGAGGCCAAGCGCAGUGCCCCUCAUCGCAGCCGGGCCUCACACAAGUCACAGGGGAGCAGGCAAGCAGUGGACUCCCAGAACCAUUCCUCCUUUUCCUUUCCUGUGGGCAGGUGGGCCCACAAACAUACAUUUGGGUUGUGCUACUCAGACUAACCCCCGCCUCAACUUGCUGUAUGUGCUGUGUUAAUUCUUGCCAAAACCGGUGCUGAGGGCGGGUCUCUUCAUGAUCCUGUAAACACUUCAGAAGGCAGCCUUCCUCCCCGGUUCUGCCCGUGCCCAUUAGUACUCUGCCUGGGUAAGACAGUGAUGAACUUACUUAAUUAUUAAUGAAAGCACUUAGGAGGGGGACUGAUUUCUGCUGAUUGCAGAAUUGCACCCUCCUAAUUAAAUCAGUGGAGAUUGAAUUUCUUAUUUCCAAAGAGUCUGGAAAACUUAGGUGCUGACCUGGGGCUUGGCUUUUCAGAGACGAUGGGUUUCCAUAGGUGGGAGAUGUGGGUCUGUGCCUCUGCAAAUCAAUCUGAUCUUCUGAGUGUGUCAAAUGGGCUCAGAAACUGCUUUUGAAGAUGUUUGACUGCAAAGGGAAGCAAAUGCCUGUCUGAACACAGGGCAGCCCAAGGAAUCAGAGCUGUGCCUUUGUCCUUCUGUCUGGUCUUAGGGACUUGUCAGAGUCUGCAGCCAGCUCUCCCUAGUUACUUUAGGUACAGCUGCUGAGCCAACAUCAUGUGGUACUACUCUACUAGUAGAAGCGUGCGAUGAGAGUUGGGUCUCCAAGAAGUUGUUAUUGCAGGCAGUGGUGUUCAGGCCCAGUUCAUCAAAGUGCUUCAAAGCAUAUAUGGUGAUGGUGUGCAUCAAGCUGAUCUGCAUUUGGGAUUCUGCUAAAUUACAGCAGACUACAGCUUGAGCACUUUGGUGAAUCUGGCCUAGAUAUCAUCAUAUGGUCAAAAGUAACAGUUUCUGCCCUUUCUUCCUAGUCAUACAUUUUUCACUGGGCCAAGGCUUUCCAGGAGUAUGUUUUCUCUGCUUGUUUUUAAAAGCCUGUUUGCACUGUGUACUGAUAAAUUAUCUGUUUCGCUGGGUUUGCCCCUGACAAAUCUUGAUAAAUGAUAUGUAGAGAACAGUCCAUUUUAUUUUUAAACUGAGGAGAUUGUAGCAUUUUCUGAUGCUUAGUUACCGCUGUUUACAUGGCAUAUUGCUAGAAUUUCAGAUAGUUUGUAUGAAAUGUAAGUACAAUUAUGCACUUUAGAGAGUUUAUAUUUUUGAACUUUGAAAGCUAAAAGUAACAAAACCUGUUAACUGAAAUUGUACAUUAAAAGAAAAGAAUAUAUAUGCGCAGCCAUCUCUCUUUUUAAACUGUUCUUUUCCCAAUGGCAAAAAUAAAAUCAAAUCAAAUCAUCUGCCUGAUUGUGAAGGAAACUGCUCAGAAAGAGCCAUCCAAGUGGAUUUUAAAAUUCCAGUCUUGCAAAGAUCCACACAAGUGCUCAGCUUUCUGUCCUGGGUUUCCAGAUGCUGUUGCUCCCAUCUUCCAAGCCUGCAGAGGAUGAGGGCUCUGAGACCUGAGCACUAAGAUGUCUUUGUAGCUUCCACAGCUGAUUUGACUUCCCCCUAACCACAAUAGCCACACAGGCUGUAUGCCUCACCACACUCCUCUAAACGAAUCCAAGCAGCAUCUGUAUGCUCUGUUUUAUGGUUUGUAUAUGCCAACAUCACUGUCUGUUGACUGAAGAACAUUAAAUACAAGACUGUUUUUUAAAAGGUGUGGAGUACUGUGCACAAAUCUACUUUAUGUGAUAUGAAUAAGCUGUUAGUGUAAGACAGCCCUUUCCCUGUCACUACAACUGCUGUAGGAGGGUAGUGUGGUCUGUAAGGCCUCCCAUGAACCAGGGCCAUUUCAGACACAGACAUCUGUGAAUUAUUAAAAUGACGAUUAUCUGGUUGUGGGCAAAAUAAGACUGCAAGAGUUAAAGAGGGAUGAGAAACUUGUCAUUCUUACAGGUUUCAUUUGCUUUCGAUCUGUCUACUCCAGCGUAAACAGUCAAAUAAUUGAUGUUUAUUAAAGGCAAUAAAACUAAAGGAUAUUAUCUUCUAAUCACGCUGCUAAGACAUCACUUGUUCUUACUGGUAUGUGCAAGUUUUAGACAGUAAGUGCCAGACCAAGCUGAGGUGUUUCCCUGUUCCUCUUUGGAACAGAUGUUUUCAAAGCAGUCACUCACUGGCACUUGAACAGCCGAGGGAAAAGCCAGUUUGUGCCCUGUGCCCGUACCCAAAAUGGUGCCUGCAAGGUGCAUGGGAAGGAGGAGAAAAACAGAAUGAAGGAAUGGAGGAUAGAUUCAGAGGGGAUCUCAGGUGAGCCAGGAGGGGCAGGUGAAAAACUCCCUGAUUUGCAAUUGGAGAUGUGAGGGCAGCAUUUGAUUGGGAUGGAAUGCUCACCAGCAGCAGGGUUAAUGUAGAGCUAAGCAGAGUCCUUCUUCCAGGUGCUCAGAGAUGAAACUGUGGGACAGUGGAGAUCCCAGGGAGAGGCAGUCUGUGCCCGGAGCUGCUCAGAGCAGCUCCUCCUUCGCUUCCCAACAUAAAGGCAGCCAGUGAGUCAGAAUUAAACAUCAAAUUUAUUGCAUAAUACUGACCUAUGUACACACACAUCGAAAAUAAACAUUUGAUAUAAUUGUAUAUGUAUUCUAUUUGUUGCAUUAGAAAGAGGCUGAAGGGCUCUCAGUGUAGCCAACAGCUUGUCUUAAAAAAAAAAAAAGCCUAAAAUCUUUUGUUACGAGGUGCAAAGUUCAAUACUAUAUAUUGAACGUGGUGCAUAAAUACUAUGUCCUAAUAACAAGUCAAUUUGAAAACCACCCUAGGCUUAAAAUGAGAUUUACACCAAGACCUGAAGAAAUGAGGAAAUCAUUUGAAUGUCAUUUAAUGGGUGGUGGGACUGGGAGAAAGAAUAAAGGCUCUCCAAUCUUACAGGACAAAUUUAGUUAAUGCUUUUGCCUAGUCAACUCCUAACGUACCUUUCCAACCUAAUUCAUAAAGGUAGUCCUUUAGGGGGCCCCAGCACUUACUGGGCAAAACAGAUGACAAGGGCUCCUCCCACACCACGCAGUAAAAUAAUCCUACCAGCAGAAAUAAAACCAGCCUCCAAGCAGAGGGUUAACACACAAAUGUGGAUUUCAUGCUUCUUUCUUUUCCUCUGACCUAAUGAGGCUGGAGAGCUUGUAAACACCAUUUACACUCACACACUCCCUCACUCUCCUGCAUGACUCCUCUGAGAAAGGCGGUAAUGGUAAAAGCAGCCAACUCACCUUGUAUUGGAACAACAUUUCUGUUUGAAUGAAAAAUGAGGACUCAGCUAAGCCUACCUGCCUAACUUGUAGACUUACCAGCAGAAAAACAACACGAGAGAGAGGCAGUUUGAGAAACCCGUUAUUACGGGUAUUGUUUGUCCUUCCCCAAGCCUUAACGCAGAGGAGUCUGAAGCUUCUUUAACAAGACACUGCUUAGAAACAAAAUUUAAGACAAAAGAAAAACAUGCCAACCCCCAAACCACCAUACUCUCUGUGAGAUAUACUGGUGCAAAAAGACAGAGCAUGUACCGCAACUAAUACACUGUCCUGUGGGUCACAAAUGACACCCCAGCCCAGUACCAUCUGCCAAGGACCAGAGGGCAGGGGGGAUAUAUCCAUUCAAAGCAAGCAAGAACCAGCUUGCAUUUAAAAAGGGAAGAAAAAAAAAGGGCGGGGGAAUCACAGCUUUUCAAAAAGGAGAUCACUAUUUCAUC